AUCAGCUCUUUGGUUUCGAAUCAUCAACGCAAACUCUGCUCCUUUUGUAAUCAAGAGUGUGUUUUCAGUGUGUAAUGGCGUCUAAGGAUGUUCCUUUGAAGGGUGGGUUUAGUUUUGAUUUGUGCAGAAGGAAUGAGAUGCUGGUGAAUAAAGGACUUCGCUCUCCUUCUUUCCUCAAGACUGGUACUACCAUCGUUGGCUUAAUUUUUCAGGAUGGCGUCAUUCUUGGAGCAGAUACACGAGCCACUGAAGGACCGAUUGUUGCUGAUAAGAACUGUGAGAAGAUUCAUUACAUUGCCCCCAACAUAUAUUGCUGUGGAGCAGGAACAGCUGCUGAUACUGAGGCAGUAACUGACAUGGUCAAUUCCCAACUGAAGCUUCACAGGUAUCACACUGGUCGUGAAUCCAGGGUUGUGACAGCUCUCACUCUUUUGAAGUCUCAUCUAUUCAGCUAUCAGGGGCACGUCUCAGCUGCUUUGGUCCUUGGUGGGGUUGAUGUCUCAGGGCCACAUCUGCAUACUAUUUAUCCACAUGGAUCAACUGAUACUCUGCCAUAUGCUACAAUGGGCUCUGGUUCCCUUGCAGCUAUGGCUAUCUUUGAGUCAAAAUACCAGGAAGGGUUAAGUAAAGAUGAAGGGAUAAAGCUAGUAGCGGAGGCAAUAUUGUCUGGGGUGUUCAAUGAUCUUGGUAGUGGAAGCAAUGUUGAUAUCUGUGUGAUAACAAAGGGUCACACGGAGUACUUAAGGAAUCAUAUGUCGCCUAAUCCUCGGACCUAUCCACAGAAGGGUUACUCAUUCCCUAAAAAGACUGAAGUUCUUCUUACAAAGAGUAUACCAUUGAGAGAGAUGGUAGAGGUGAUUGAAGGUGGAGAUGCUAUGGAAGAAUGAGUUCCAGGAGUGUUGCUUUCUCAAACAAUUUCCAGAGUAUCAAGUGUUUGUAAUUUUCUAAGUGACCUGCUCCAUCUACGUUAUUAGAUAUAGCUUUCAAACAAAUUGUUGCUGGAGAAUGAAAUAUCCGUUUGGGCUGAAUGAAGGAUUUUGUAGUUUGUUUGUGUUACCCUGCUGCUUUCAAUAGUUUUCCUAGCAGUGGCAGUCUUAAAUUUUUUUGGGUUGUUCGGCAGAGAUGUUUGCCAGGUGCUUGCGAAGUAAAGAAUAUAUCUGUCGUAAAUUAUGCCGAAAGGAACCCAUGAAAAAAUUUAU